CUUUUAUUUAAUUUUUUUUACUCAUAACUUUCAACAACUAAAAAAAAAUGUCUAGCAAUUCGGAGUGCACAGGGGACAGCUGCCCUGUUGAUUUUUCAUCAAAGAAGAGCGCAACAACAUGUCCGGUCGACCACUCCUCCAUGAGCGCAACCAACGUAGCCACCACAGCGCUAUCAAGUGAAAGCGAGGCAGUAUGCCCUGUGGACCACAACAACCGCAAAACCAUGGAGAUUUUCCUUCCCACCAGCACGAUCAAAGAGGACCGUGACGAGGAGGAGAAGAAGGCAAAGGGGAACCAGGGUGUGUUGGUGAACCCGGAUAACCAAAUGCCGAUGGUUCCCGAACAGCAGGCGCACGGGGGGCAGAGACAGACGUUGUCGACGCAACGCGUGGUAUCAUCGAUUCCGCGCGCCGACCGGUACGCUGGGCCCUCGGAAUGUCCCUCGGUCUCUGCCUCUUCAGAUGAGACUGUGAAUGCAAAGGACAAUGCCCCGAAGGGCAGCAAUUGGGUGUACCCUUCAGAGCAGAUGUUUUUCAACGCUAUGCGGCGCAAAAAUUGGGACCCGAAGGAGGCCGAUAUGCACUCGGUGGUGCCGAUCCAUAACGCUGUGAAUGAGAAAUGCUGGAUGCAGAUCUUAGAGUGGGAGAAGGUGCAUCGGACGGAGUGUUCGACGCCGAUGCUGUUGAAGUUCGAAGGGAGGUCUGGCGAUUUGUCGCCGAGGGCGAAGUGGAAAUCUUGGAUCGGGUAUCAGCGUCCGUUUGAUCGUCAUGAUUGGACCGUGGAUCGGUGCGGCACCCCUGUGAGGUAUAUUAUCGACUUUUAUGAGGGCAAGAAAGAUCCGAAGAACCCGCUGAAGCCGUCAUUUUACCUUGAUGUGCGCCCGGCUAUGACCGUACAGGGCACAUGGGACCGCGCACGUCGGUUCCUGGGACUGUAAGUUCAUUUUAUUUAACAAAAGAGAUGUUACA